AAGUCUUGAACUGGAAGGUUCUCUCACGUCCACCUCGUAAGCGCAGGCAGGCGCAGUCUACGACAGGGGAUUGGAAGAUUGGCGGCGUCUUUCGAAAAUAUCACGCUUCUAGACGAGGCUGGUGCACAACAUUGUGGUCAACAAUUGGAUCUGCGGCAGCCACCAAAUCUGCGGGAUGGCACGGCCGAUAUAUUGUGGUAAUUUUGAGUACGAUGCGCGCCCAAGUGAGAUUGAGAAACUGUUCUCAGAAUUUGGCAGGGUGGAGCGCGUGGACAUGAAGAUGGGGUUUGCUUUUGUCUACAUGGAGAGCGAGCGGGAUGCAGAGGACGCGAUUCACAAGUUGGACGGCACCGAGUUUGGCUACAAGAGGCGGCGCCUGUCGGUCGAAUGGUCGAAGGGUGAUGGCAGUGUGAAGGCGCGCGAGGACGCGCGCCGCGACGUUGUCAAGACCCGGCCGUCCAAGACGCUCUUUGUGGUCAACUUCGACCCGAUCGAGACGACGACGCGCGACAUCGAGAAGCACUUCGAGGAGUUCGGGCGCCUGACGCGGUGCCAGAUCCGCAAGAACUUUGCGUUUGUCUGCUACGAGACGGUGGAGGAUGCGACGCGGGCGCUCGAGGCGCUCGAUGGCAGAGAGCUGAUGGGCAGAAUCCUGACCGUUCAGUACAGUAGCGGAGAGGACCGCUAUGGAGGCGGAGGCGGAGGUGGCUCUGGCGGCGGGGGCCACGGGGGAGACUCGUACGAGAGGCGCAGGUCGCCCCCCCGCCAUCGCAGCCGCUCUCCACCCCGGCGGUAUAGGAGCAGGUCGCCGGAUUACCGCCCCUAUGGACGAGGCAGGAGCCGAUCUCCUGACUACCGCAGAAGGUAACGUUGAAGGCUAAGGUUCCCGCCCUGCUUCAGUAAUCCUGAACCGUCUUUGCUUGAUGUCAAGUAGCGGCUAAUAGGCUACUCACAUCCAGGGGUUUUACGUUAGUAAAAUAUCAAUGUGCUUGGUCCUAUCUGUGCACAAAGUCGGAAAGGGUUGCGAGUGCAUCGGACUGCACUUGCAGUGUCUUGCCGCACCUAUUUGUUUAAGCGAUCGGUCACUGCACUUGGUGCAAUUCUACAUAGCUCAACCCACGGUUUGUUUCGCG